GGCUACAGCAUUCAAGAAAAAAUUGACUUUGAAAUGCGAAUGCGAGAAGGAAUUUGUAAACUGCUUGCUGUGACCACGCAGAAAGACCAGACGUUGCAUGCAGUUAAAAACCUGAUGGUUUGCAAUGCUCGCAUCCUGGCCUACAAGACGGAACUACAGAGGUCUUCAGAUUUUGCUGCUAAAGGCCGUGAAGCUUGUAAGGGCAAGGUUGCCAUAUCAGACCUUAGAAUACCGUUGAUGUGGAAAGGCUCUGAUCACUUCAACAAUAAAGAUAGAACCCAGCGUUAUUCAGUUUUUUGCUUAUUCAAAAUAGGAGCUCAAGUGUUUGAUACAGAUUUGCUUAUUGUGGAUAAAGCAAUAACAGACAUCUGUUUUGGAAGUGUAACUGUGUUUGAGGGAGUUGAGCCAGACUUCCAGCUAAAGGUUGAAGUAUAUAGCUGCUGCUGUACUGAAGAUUCUUCAAUCAUACCAAACACUCCCAAGAAGUUAGUUAAGAAACUGAAAACCUCUAUCGGCAAAGCUACUGGGAAGAAACUCAGCUCCACAUCAGAUGAUGACAACCCUGAAUUGUUAUUACUCAGUGACGCAACUGUAGUUGGUGCAAAGUACAGCUUGCUGGCACAUGCAACUUUGGGACUGGAAAGUGUUGAGGACAAUUUCAAGACUCACAACCUUACUAUUGUAGGAAAUGAGGAGUCAUCUUUCUGGCUUCCCUUGUAUGGCAGUAUGUGUUGUCGUUUGGUUGCUCAACCAUCCUGCAUGAUCAAGGAUCUGAUGGCGGGUUUUCUUAAUCAACAGCAAAUCAUAGGGAAGUUGACUUCCUGGAGGAGGCUAUACUGUGUGCUAAGAGGUGGGAAGCUCCUUUGUUACUAUACACCAGAAGAAAUAGAAGCUAAAGUGGAGCCCACUCUGACUGUUCCUGUCAACAAGGAAACCAGAAUUUGUGCUGUGGAUAAAGAUAGCCAUAAGAAAGCCAAAAAAUUUUGUAUUCUCAACCCUGAGGCUGGGGAAGGCAUGACUCACAUUUUUGCAGCUGAAAGCCAGGAAGACCUUUCUAAGUGGACAGAAGCUUUUUGGCAACACUUCUAUGAUUUCAGUCAGUGGAGACACUGUUGUGAAGAAUUCAUGAAAAUUGAGAUUAUGUCACCACUGAAACCACCAUUGUUCUUGACGAAAGAGGCAACUUCAGUUUACCAAGAUAUGUGUAUUGAUUCCCCAGUAAAACAUGAAGGACUACUUGAUAUAGUGCGACAAAAAAAUAAGGACACCGAUGGCAAGUUCCUGGUUGGCCAACAUGAAGAAUGUGUCUCCCCUCCAUGGGCUGCCAUGUUUGAUGGCUCUCACCAAAUGGUUGUGCAGAAGAAUACACUUCCAGGCACUAGCAAAGUAAACCCUAAUGGAAGCAAAGGCACCAAAAGACGAGCACCUCUUCCACCAUCUGAUAAGCCACCAUACGCCUCAGCAGCACCAACACCACCUGCUCAACUGAACAAGGAGAACAUUGGGAAUAAUUCUCCCCUUGCGCAUAGGACGUUGUCAUUUGGUUCUGGGCAGACUUCUUUGCCUCACUUGCAGAGACCUAUUGUGGCUCCUCGCAAAUCAGUUACUUGCUGGAAAGGUACCUCUACUGAUGAUGAAACUCCUGUCCCUCCUACAAAGCCAGUUCCUCCUCCAAGGCAGAAAUCGGUCAAAGAGGCUAGAUCUCGGUUGCAAUUGCAGGCGUAA